AAAUGUUGGAAAGCGAUGCUUGAGGAGGCUCUGGUGCACGGUGGACACAAAAGGCAAGCAAACUUUGGUGCGCGUGUCACUCUGAGUCCCACAUGAGCUCUUCACGUCACUGGAGCCUUUCAGGGCGGAUUUCGAACUAGGUGCUGCAAACUUUAUUUGUUGCACGCCAACAGGAUUUCAUUCGAUGGACUGCAAGUGAAUCCAUUUAAGGUCACAUAAUCCAAUGCUGAGGAGUGCCUCUCCAUCCUCACACCACAUCCAUCCCAUCUGGCAUUUGACAUAAAAAAAAAAAAAAUGAGACUCGCAUCACCAAACCGGCCAAGGGGCUUGUCCCUGCUGCCGCUGUUGCUACUACUGCUGCUCACCCAGAGGGCCGUUUCCAUAGCAACAACCAACUCUACUGGCUGGCAGCAGAUUCUGGACAAGUACCUGGACGAGGAUGGCGAGUGGUGGGAGGCCAAGCAGAGGGGGAGGAGAGCCAUCACCGACAGUGACGCUCAGCUCAUACUGGACCUGCACAACAAGCUCCGAGGUCAAGUGUAUCCCCAAGCGUCCAACAUGGAGUACAUGGAGUGGGACACCGAGCUGGAGCGCACGGCGGAGGAGUGGGCCGAGACCUGUCUGUGGGAGCACGGUCCUGCGGGUUUACUGCCACAGAUUGGACAGAAUCUGGGAGCUCACUGGGGGAGGUAUCGCCCGCCCAGCUUCCAUGUUCAGGCCUGGUACGAUGAAGUGAAAGACUACUCUUUUCCUUAUCCCCAAGAGUGUAACCCCUACUGCCCAUUCCGAUGUUCCGGCCCGGUGUGCACGCAUUACACCCAGCUGGUGUGGGCCACCAGCAGUCGGAUUGGCUGCGCCGUCAAUUUGUGCUACAACAUGAAUGUGUGGGGACAGAUUUGGGCCAAGGCUGUGUACCUUGUGUGCAACUAUUCACCAAAGGGGAACUGGUGGGGCCAUGCGCCUUACAAACACGGGGCCCCCUGUUCCGCGUGUCCUCCCAGCUAUGGAGGUGGCUGCAAGGACAACCUUUGCUAUAAAGGCCACAAUACUCAACUUGCAGCAGAGGAAAGAGAGGAAAAUAACUUUAUCGAGCCGGAAGCCCCCCGUACGACUCAGAAGAUCCGGCCCCGGGUUUCAAAGCCCGAGGCUCCCAGUCUUCCUGCUCCCGCCACCAAGAUCCACGCAGAUGACCUGCCAAAAAAUGAAGUGGUCAACACACAGCAAAUGUCUCAACUCGUGACCUGUGACACCAAACUUCGAGAUCAGUGUAAAGGAACGACAUGUAAUAGAUACGAAUGCCCCGCGGGAUGCUUGGAUGCUACAGGGAAAGUAGUUGGGACAGUUUACUAUGAAAUGCAGUCCAGCGUGUGCCGGGCCGGUCUCCAUGCCGGCGUCAUCGAUAAUGAUGGCGGAUGGAUGGAUGUAACGAGACAGGGAAGAAAGGACUUUUUCAUCAAGUCUAACAAGAAUGGAGUCCAGUCACUGGGGAAAUACCAGAGUGCCAAUUCAUUCACGGUAUCCAGAGUAGCAGUGAAAGCAAUCACCUGCGAGACCACUGUUGAACAACUGUGUCCUUACCAAUGGCCUCCAAAGCAUUGCCCGAGGUUAUACUGCCCAAGUAACUGUUUAGAAGACAACCCGCACAUCUCCAGAGUCAUCGGCACCAGAAUAUACUCUGAUAAAUCGAGUAUUUGCCGGGCGGCGGUCCAUGCUGGGGUCAUCAGGAACGACGCGGGCGGUUACAUCGACGUGAUGCCGACAGACAAGCGGAAACUCUACACCGCCUCCAGCCAAAAUGGCGUCGUCUCAGAGAGUCUUCAGAAUCCUCCCGGCGGGAAGGCGUUUCGUGUUUUCGCCGUGAUUUGAGCGACUCCCUCGUGCGCAGAGCACAUUCCCGCUUGUGAAUAGGCGCUAAUCAAAGCCUUCCGUCACAGCCCACGGCCCGAAACGUUUCUUGCCUUUGCCGCGCUGGCAAGGGGUCAGAGGUCGUCUCCAUGACGGCGUAAACAAACACUUGACACGUACAUGAGGAGAAGCGGUGGGCACACACGCCCGCCGCAAAGGAUGCUCAGCUUUUGUGGGAAAUAAUCCCGCUAUAAAUAGAUGCAAGGAUGGAUGUUUUGUACAUCACGUUUGCUCGAAUUGUGUGACGUUUUAACAACUCUCCCGAGAAGGAUUUUAUUUUUACGAAACAACAACAAUAAAAACAAAACAAUGAAAUAAAAGACAUGAUAUAUCAUUAUAGUGGCACUUAUAUAUCAUUUUGCUUGUCUGGCACAUUUUUACUGGUGCUCCUGAAUAGGUUUGUGUUCUAUGUUGUACUUAAAAUGUAAGGAGGAGGGAAAAAAACAAAACAAUCUAUUUUUAUAUGAUCACGCUCUCGAUGUAUCGGUAUGGUGUUUAAAGAACGCUGUGUUAUGUUGUUAUAUGUUUGAAAAUUCCGCUGGCAGGAAGUAUAGUCAAUUGAUUGAUGUUCGAGAUGAUUUUUGUUUGAAUAUUUGAUCCCCGCCCAUUCAACAAGCCAUUUUGCUCUCAGAUCUGUCAAACCGAUGAUGUAACAGUUUUAUAUUGUGUAUCACUCGGACAAACCGUACAUCACUUCCUGGCAGUUCAUUUGACUUUGGUUUGUCAUACGCGUUACUGUUCCUACCUCAGGCUAUUGGGAAAAGUCUUUUUUGCAAUAAAUUACUCCAAUGAA